ACUAAAUUGAAGUGCACAUCUAACUCGACACUAGGGCACCCAGCUCACAGUACAGCUCAGCUCAGCGCAGCUCAUCUCAGCUCAACAGUCAACCAUCAAUAGUCUUUAGUCAGUCGAGCAUCAUAGUCGGGCACUCACUGGGGCUUAGUUUUGAAUCUGUUCGGUUGACGUUUCCAUGGAAUUUACACAGCUGCAAACAGCGCAUUAAGCAUAACAAAAAGAAUAUAUAAAAGAAUCAGCACAAAAUACAAAACAAAAAGCAGCUCUUUCAACUUUGAACCGCAUUUGCAUCAAUCCCAUAGCUUACAGCAAACCAAAUUGAAAAGUGUUCAAAAUGUGCUCCAGUUCAUGCAAAGUCAUCAAGCAACUGAGCGCAACGGAACGUGAAAAGUUUUUCGAUUCCUUCGAUGUCGUUUUCUGUGAUUGCGAUGGUGUUGUGUGGUAUACGAUGCGUGACUUUAUUCCCGGCUCAGCCAAGGCCAUUGAGGAACUGCAGCAUCGGGGCAAGCAGCUGACCUUUGUGACCAACAACAGCAUCAGCUCCGUGGCGGAUCACCUACACAAGUUCGCCAAACAGAGGCAAUUGCAAAUUGAUAAGAAACAGAUUGUUCAUCCGGCGCAGACCAUUUGUGACCAUCUCAAGUCCAUUGGCUUUGAGGGGCUGAUCUAUUGCCUGGCAAUGCCCCCUUUUAAGCAGGUGCUCCGCGAUGCAGGCUUUCAGCUCACCGAAGAGCGGGAGGCAUCGAUCAUUGCUAGUCUGGGUGAGCUGCGUGAAGCCAUCUUUGGUGCGGAGAGCGUGCAGGCCGUUAUCAUUGAUGUGGACUUCAAUCUGACGGCAGCGAAGCUGAUGCGCGCCCAUGUCCAGCUGCAGAAUCCCAACUGUUUGUUCCUGGCCGGCGCUGCCGAUGCGCUGAUACCCUUUGGCACUGGCGACAUCAUUGGACCUGGCGCCUUCAUUGACGUUGUCGCCCAAUCAACUGGACGUCAGCCCACGGUACUGGGCAAGCCGGGUGAAGCACUGCGUCCGCUGUUGCAACAGCGCCACGCCCACGUGCCUGCCAACCGAGUCCUCUUCAUUGGCGACAGCCUGGCCAGCGAUAUUGGUUUUGCACGCGCCAGCGGCUACCAGACGCUGCUCGUCCUGACCGGCGGCACCAGCAAUACGGAUGUCGCCAGCCUGCCACCAGACCACGCCCAUUUGCCCGACUACAUUGGUGAUUGCUUGGGCGAUCUGUGCGAGCAGUGAAUGACGAAAGAUUCCAUUUGGAAGCAAAACGCCUCGAAAUGCUCUUGAUGAAGCUGAUGCGUCUAAAAAAUCUAGUAGGGAUCGGCUGUAUUAUGUAACCUUGGUUUAUAACAAUAUAAUCAAUCACUAACGAAACUUCGCUUGGUAGAUAAAUAUUUAUAAAUA